GUUUACGGUUUCCAUCUAACUCUGCUGGGAACUGCAAAGAAAAAAAGAAAUCAAAAUAUUACAGUGUCAUUAGUUUUCAUCCUCUUUUACUCAACUAUUUUUUUUUCUAUUUAAAAAUUAUUUUUUAUUAAUAAAAAUGCCAAUGUUGACUUACAAUGGAACGACGGGAAAUGUAGCAAUCGAGGCGGAUCGCAGUUCACCGGCGGAAUCGUUUUUUUCCGGCGACGGAGAACUUGCUGAAGAACCUGGAGAUUCACCAGGAACACUCAGGGACACUGAGGAGGAGGCAACAUUGUCCGAUGAAUUUUAUUCUCACGACACGGACGACGAUGAAGAUCAGAAUAAAAAACGAAAGUGUCGCUCCAAUUCGAUUGAAACUAUUUCAACGUCCGGUAAUUUACAACUUGGUUCGCCAACAACAAGAACCGGAGGUUCGGGUGUUAGAAAAUUAUUCACAAACAGCCGGGAACGUUGGAGGCAGCAAAAUGUCAGUGGAGCUUUUGCCGAACUUCGAAAACUGGUCCCAACUCAUCCGCCCGACAAGAAAUUGUCGAAAAAUGAAAUUUUGCGAAUGUCAAUUAAAUACAUCAGACUCUUGAGCAAUGUUUUGGACUGGCAAAAAUCUCAGGAACGAAACGGUUCCAUUCACCAUCAUCAUCAUCAUCUAAAACAACGACACGACAUGAAAAUAAAAUGCGAAUCACAAUUUCUCAAUCAAAAUAAUACAAAUCAAAAAUCAAUUUUAAAAUCCGACAGUGGAAAUUCAUUUUCCAGACAUCAGACAACACAAAUUUGUGAUAAAAAUGGAAAUAAUCUACUAAUGAUUGCACCUGUGAUUGGAGUAAUAAAUCGUUCGGCAAAUAAUUCCUUUCAAACAUCAGGACUUUCUUAUAAUUCAUUUGGCGAUUGGAUUCGUGCUGGCAAUAAAAGUGGAAAUUAUCAAAAAUUAGGGAAAAUACCACAAAAUACAAGUUCACAAUUCAAUUCAACAAUAAUUCCAUCAGCGAAAAGUGAAAUUUCCGGAAAUCCCUUGAAGAAACGAUUAAAAAUUGAAGGUGAGGAUGAAGAGCAAAUUUUGACGAUAGAUUCGCGACUAAAUAAUUUAACCGCCGUUCGUUUAGCAAAUUCACAAGAUUCACCAUCAUCGACGCAAUUAAAUAUCGUGACGAGUUCUAUUCGAAAGCGAGUGAAAAUUUCCUUCGUCAAAGAAACUCUCAGUGAUGUGAAUAACAUAUCUAGUGAUAAAUCAUAAAGUUUUUGUUAAAAACAUUUUUGUUACAAUUUGGAAAUUAUUUUCUUCAUUUUAACUAAAAGAAUCUAAAUUAUAGCUAAAAAAAAAUUAAA